CAUUUAUAUUGUACCACAGAAGAAAAAUACCCAAGAGAACAUGUACCACACGUUAAUCACCCCUGGGAACAUGUACCACAGGAUAAUCACUCCAGAGAACAUGUACCACACGAUAAUCACCCUAGGGAACAUGUACCACACGAUAAUCACCCCAGGGAACAUGUACUACAGGAUAAUCACCCCUGGGAACAUGUACCACAGGAUAAUAACCCAUGGGAACAUGUACCACAGGAUAAUCACCCCUGGGAACAUGUACCACAGGAUAAUAACCCUGGGGAACAUGUACUACAGGAUAAUCACCCCAGAGAACAUGUACCACAGGAUAAUCACCCCAGAGAACAUGUACCACACGAUAAUCACCCCUGGGAACAUGUACCACAGGAUAAUCACCCCAGAGAACAUGUACCACACGAUAAUCACCCCAGAGAACAUGUACCACACGAUAAUCACCCCAGGGAACAUGUACCACAGGAUAAUCACCCCUGGGAACAUGUACUACAGGAUAAUAACCCAUGGGAACAUGUACCACAGGAUAAUCACCCCAGAGAACAUGUACCACAGGAUAAUCACCCCAGAGAACAUGUACCACACGAUAAUCACCCCAGGGAACAUGUACUACAGGAUAAUAACCCCUGGGAACAUGUACCACAGGAUAAUCACCCCAGAGAACAUGUACCACACGAUAAUCACCCCAGGGAACAUGUACCACAGGAUAAUAACCCAUGGGAACAUGUACCACAGGAUAAUCACCCCUGGGAACAUGUACCACAGGAUAAUAACCCAUGGGAACAUGUACUACAGGAUAAUCACCCCUGGGAACAUGUACCACAGGAUAAUCACCCCAGAGAACAUGUACCACACGAUAAUCACCCUGGGGAACAUGUACUACAGGAUAAUCACCCCAGAGAACAUGUACCACAGGAUAAUCACCCCAGAGAACAUGUACCACACGAUAAUCACCCCUGGGAACAUGUACCACAGGAUAAUCACCCCAGAGAACAUGUACCACACGAUAAUCACCCCAGAGAACAUGUACCACACGAUAAUCACCCCAGGGAACAUGUACCACAGGAUAAUCACCCCUGGGAACAUGUACUACAGGAUAAUAACCCAUGGGAACAUGUACCACAGGAUAAUCACCCCAGAGAACAUGUACCACAGGAUAAUCACCCCAGAGAACAUGUACCACACGAUAAUCACCCCAGGGAACAUGUACUACAGGAUAAUAACCCCUGGGAACAUGUACCACAGGAUAAUCACCCCAGAGAACAUGUACCACAGGAUAAUCACCCCAGGGAACAUGUACCACACGAUAAUCACCCCAGGGAACAUGUACCACACGAUAAUCACCCCAGGGAACAUGUACCACAGGAUAAUCACCCCUGGGAACAUGUACCACAGGAUAAUCACCCCAGAGAACAUGUACAACAGGAUAAUCACCCUGGGGAACAUGUACUACAGGAUAAUCACCCCUGGGAACAUGUACCACAGGAUAAUCACCCUGGGGAACAUGUACCACAGGAUAAUCACCCCUGGGAACAUGUACCACAUAAUAAUCACCCCAGGGAUCAUGUACCACAGGAUAAUCACCCCAGAGAACAUGUACCACAGGAUAAUCACCCCAGGGAACAUGUACUACAGGAUAAUCACCCCAGAGAACAUGUACGACAGGAUAAUCACCCCGGGGAACAUGUACCACAUAAUAAUCACCCCAGAGAACAUGUACCACAGGAUAAUCACCCCAGAGAACAUGUACCACACGAUAAUCACCCUAGAGAACAUGUACUACAGGAUAAUCACCCCAGGGAACGUGUACCACAGGAUAAUCACCCCAGAGAACAUGUACCACAGGAUAAUCACCCCAGGGAACAUGUACCACAGGAUAAUCACCCCUGGGAACAUGUACUACCGGAUAAUCACCCCAGGGAACAUGUACCACAUGAUAAUUACCCCAGGGAACAUGUACCACAUGAUAAUCACCCCAGAGAACGUGUACCACAGGAUAAUCACCCCAGGGAACGUGUACCACAGGAUAAUCACCCCAGGGAACAUGUACCACAGGAAAAUCAAUCUAGGGAACAUGUACUACAGGAUAAUCACCCUAGGGAACAUGUACUACCGGAUAAUCACCCCAGAGAACAUGUACCACACGAUAAUCACCCCAGAGAACAUGUACCACACGAUAAUCACCCCUGGGAACAUGUACCACAGGAUAAUCACCCCAGAGAACAUGUACCACAUAAUAAUCACCCUGGAGAAUGUGUACCACAUAAUAAUCACCCCAGGGAUCAUGUACCACAGGAUAAUCACCCCUGGGAACAUGUACCACAGGAUAAUCACCCCUGGGAACAUGUACCACAGGAUAAUCACCCCAGAGAACAUGUACCACAGGAUAAUCACCCCAGAGAACAUGUACCACAUAAUAAUCACCCCUGGGAACAUGUACCACAUAAUAAUCACCCCUGGGAACAUGUACCACAUAAUAAUCACCCCAGGGAUCAUGUACCACAGGAUAAUCACCCCAGAAAAUAUGUACUACAUAAUAAUCACCCCUGGGAACAGUUACCACAGGAUAAUCACCCUGGAGAACAUGUACCACAAGAUAAUCACCCCUGAGAACAUGUACCACAUAAUAAUCACCCCAGAGAACAUGUACCACAUGAUAAUCACCCCUGAGAACAUGUACCACAUGAUAAUCACCCCAGAGAACAGUUACCACAGGAUAAUCACCCCAGAGAACAUGUACCACAGGAUAAUCACCCUAGGGAACAUGUACCACACGAUAAUCACCCCUGAGAACAUGUUCCACAUAAUAAUCACCCCAGAGAACAUGUACCACAUGAUAAUCACCCCUGAGAACAUGUACCACAUAACAAUCACCCCAGAGAACAGUUACCACAGGAUAAUCACCCCAGAGAACAUGUACCACAGGAUAAUCACCCUAGGGAACAUGUACCACACGAUAAUCACCCCUGAGAACAUGUUCCACAUAAUAAUCACCCCAGAGAACAUGUACCACACGAUAAUCACCCCUGAGAACAUGUACCACAAAAUAAUCACCCCAGAGAACAUGUACCACACGAUAAUCACCCUAGGGAACAUGUACCACAGGAUAAUCGCCCAAAAGAACAUGACAAAAAAUGAUACGGCUCACUCUCAAUCCUUAAAAAAAAAGUGCUCACAUGUGCAAUGAACACAGUUCACCUGAUGCGAUGUGAGUGAGCUAGCUAUGUACAAUAUAUACAGUAUAAAAUCAGACAACAAGCACAUGACUUCAAUGAAGAAGUUUACACUUCAUAUUAACAGUAAGAAAACACCAAAGGAAAACAUUUAUACUAAAUUGUCCAUGUUUUAGUGUCAGUAACAAAAGUUAGUGGUACAACAAGCUCACACAUGGUGUUCUGUCACAGAGUGUUUUAAUUCACAGGGGUUUGUAGGUUUCUGGAAUGGAAAUAGGUCCCUUGUGACUAAAUGUCAAAAGUCUUUGUAUUCAAACAUGACUUAUAAACUUCAAUCAGAAGUCAAAUACAACUUGUUGUGAAAAUUGCAUAGAGAUUAAUUAUCUUCCACAUCUAGUAAAGGAAACAGCUUGAUGAUAUCUGACAAAUGUGUAAUACAAAAAAAUAAAUAAAAGAAAAAAGUCAUACAUGUCUACACAAUUGUAAAAACAGUACAAGUCAUACAUUUCUACACAAGUGUUAAAACAGUACAAGUCAUGUCUACACAAGUGUUAAAACAGUACAAGUCAUACAUUUCUACACAAUUGUAAAACAGUACAAGUCAUGUCUACACAAGUGUUAAAACAGUACAAGUCAUGUCUACACAAGUGU